AAACCCACAGCAACAAAAAAGAAAACCAUACAAACAAAUCCUGAAAGACUCUCUCUUUACAACGUAAAGAGCAAAAACUAACAGCAAAACGUGUAGCAAUAAGGUAAAAACACGGUAGGGAAGGAAGGUUGUUAAUAUAUACAUAUAAAAGUUAUAACGGAGAAAAGGUCGAACGAUUCAAAAACCCAACGAUGGCUAUGAUGUUACGGUCGCUCGCUAGGCCGCUUGAACGUUGCCUUGGGUUAAGGGCCGGUGGGGAUGGUCUCAUGUGGCACACUGAUCUUAAACCUCAUGCUUCCGGCGAUUACUCUAUCGCCGUCGUUCAAGCCAAUAAAAACCUUGAAGAUCAAAGCCAAGUCUUUACAUCUCCUUUGGGUACCUAUGUUGGUGUUUAUGAUGGUCAUGGCGGACCCGAAGCUUCCAGAUUUGUAAACAAGCAUCUUUUCCCAUUUCUCCACAAAUUUGCUACAGAGCAAGGGGGAUUAUCUGCAGACGUGAUAAAGAAGGCGUUCAAUGCUACUGAAGAAGAGUUUUUACAUUUGGUGAAGCAAUCAUUGCCCGUAAGGCCUCAAAUUGCUUCAGUUGGAUCAUGUUGCCUUGUUGGUGCGAUAUCCAACGAUGUGUUGUAUGUGGCGAAUCUCGGCGACUCGAGAGCAGUUCUUGGCAAAAGAGUUUCGGAGGAUAAGAAAAACAAGGUUGUGGCGGAGAGGCUAUCAACAGAUCACAAUGUUGGAGUUGAGGAAGUAAGGAAAGAGGUUGAGGCUCUUCAUCCUGAUGAUUCGCAUGUCGUGGUUUACACUCGCGGAGUUUGGAGGAUUAAGGGCAUAAUCCAGGUGUCAAGAUCUAUAGGUGAUGUUUACUUGAAGAAACCGGAUUUUAUAGAGAUCCAAUCUUUCAACGAUUGA